CAAUGUUGCUUUGAUGACGCGCCUCGGCUAUUGGACGUCUGACUCGUUAAGCGUGAAAGGCUACAGAGCGGAGCUCCGUUAAUUUCAAGCGAGCCGGCUCUUGGCGCAGCGAGAAGUCAGCGUGAGUCAUACGUGGGGACGACACUUCAGUGCUGCAGAUCUUCAAUUUCCACGUGCCAAUUGCCGCAUCAUCCCAGCGACGUCGCAGAGGGCGGGCGAUUACCCGGAACGGGCCUGUCCUGCCUUCCCCUUUCUUAGCGAAUGACUGAAUGGAAAGCAUCUGUUUAGCUCCAUUAGAAAAGAGGGAGGAGUGGGGCUCUGCCAGCCCACUUCUUUGGCUUAGCCUAUCUUAGUCUUGGUCCGAAGCAGGGUGGGGUGGGGUACGCUUCCAGAUGACCUCUUUUAAUCAAGUGCCACUACAGUUGCAAAGAUGGCUGUGCUAAAUUCGUUUCCGACUGAACUGGAGCGACUGCUGGAGAAAGAUCCCUACUUGAUUCCUUUUGAGCAAGACUUCCAGCGCAGGUAUGGUAUAUUUCAUCGCAUAUUAAAGAAGAUUGAAGAAAAUGAAGAAGGUCUCAAUGAAUUCACAAAGAGUUACCAAACAUUUGGAAUCAACAGAUUCAAAGAUGGAGGAUUAUACUGUAAAGAAUGGGUUCCUGGUGCAGAAGCAGUUUUUCUUACUGGUGAUUUUAAUAACUGGAAUCCAUUUUCCCAUCCAUAUAAGAAAAUGGAUUUUGGCAAAUGGGAAUUGCUCAUCCCACCUGGACCAGAUGGGUUUCGCCCUGUAUCUCAUGGAUCCAAACUGAAGGAUAUAACUGUAUUCAAUUAAUGGCUGUGAUGGAACAUGCUUACUAUGCAAGUUUUGGCUAUCAGAUCACAAGUUUUUUUGCAGCAUCAAGUCGAUAUGGCACUCCAGAUGACUUGAAGGAAAUGAUUGAUGUUGCCCACUCAAUGGGAAUCACAGUUCUGUUAGAUGUUGUGCACAGUCAUGCUUCAAAGAACUCUGAAGAUGGCCUGAACAAUUUUGAUGGUACUGAUUCUGCAUUUUUCCAUUCUGGUGCUAGAGGAACACACAUUCUUUGGGAUAGUCGACUUUUUGACUACGCAAACUGGGAAGUUCUGAGAUUUCUUCUCUCCAAUUUAAGAUGGUGGAUAGAAGAGUAUGCCUUUGAUGGGUUUCGAUUUGAUGGUGUAUCAUCUAUGCUAUAUCACCAUCAUGGAAUUAGUGAAGGCUUUAGUGGAGAUUACAAUGAAUAUUUUGGUAUGCAUGUUGAUGAAGAUGCAGUGGCCUACCUAAUGAUGGCAAACUACAUGAUACAUAUUUUGCAUCCAGAAUGUGUAACUAUAGCAGAGGAUGUGUCUGGAAUGCCAGCACUUUGUUGUCCAGUAAUUGAAGGAGGAUGUGGAUUUGAUUACCGGAUGGCCAUGGCAAUUCCUGACAAAUGGAUUCAGAUCAUUAAGGAGCGUAAGGAUGAGGACUGGGACAUGGGAGACAUUGUGUUUACUUUAACAAACAGGCGAUAUGGAGAGAAGUGCAUUGCCUAUGCAGAGAGUCAUGAUCAGGCUCUUGUUGGUGAUAAGACUUUGGCUUUUUGGCUGAUGGAUGCAGAGAUGUAUAACUAUAUGAGUGUUCUGUCACCUUUCACACCAGUUAUUGAUCGAGGAAUACAGCUUCAUAAAAUGAUACGACUCAUUACUCAUUCUCUUGGAGGAGAGGGCUACCUCAAUUUCAUGGGUAAUGAAUUUGGACAUCCAGAGUGGUUAGACUUUCCUAGACAAGGCAAUAAUGAAAGCUACCACUAUGCAAGGAGACAGUUUAAUUUAGCUGAUGAUCAACUUCUUCGCUAUAGAUUCCUAAAUGUGUUUGACAGAGAUAUGAAUAAAUUGGAAGAAAAAAUUGGCUGGCUUGCAUCACUUCCGGCCUAUGUGAGUGAAAAGCAUCAAUCAAACAAAGUUAUUGCUUACGAAAGGGCAAAUCUCCUAUUUGUAUUUAAUUUUCAUCCAUCUCAAAGUUACACCGAUUACCGAGUAGGUGUAGAAAAACCAGGAAAAUAUAAAAUUGCCUUGGAUUCUGAUGCUCCGGAGUAUGGAGGACAUAAUAGACUGGAUCAUACUACAGAUUUUUUUUCUCAGCAGUAUUCACAUAAUCAUAGAUCCAAUUCUCUUUUGGUAUACAUUCCAAGCAGAGUGGCAGUAGUGUUUCAAAACAUGGAUAUUCAGAUGUAAAAGCUUGCAACUUGGUUCCAUUACUUCGAAGGCCAAGUCAUAUUUGAUGAUAAUGGUAUCCAAAAUACUGGGGUUUUUUCUGCAUAAAGGUUUGUUCAUACUAAGAAAUUCAAAUGAGCAUUUAUUCAUAAUUACAAAUAUAUUAUAAAAUGUUUAUUCAAAGACAUAAUCAUGGAAGAACAAAUGCAUUAUGAACAAUUGGUAUUAUAGAACUGGAUUUCAAUAACAGUUUGUUCUCACAUAAAGAUUGAAGUAAUGUUACAAGACAUGUUCAAAAAUUGAUUGCUGUAUUUUCAGAUUUUUUCUAACCACAUAUUUUUCUCAUUAGCUCCCAUUUUUAUUAGAAUUAAGUAGCCAUGUGAUGCACUAACACUGGAUUCCAGACUUAGGUUAUACUGUUUUUUCAUAUGAUAUAUUAUUACAAGAAAACAUAGGGUUGUUUGUUAAAAACUAAUAAACCAUUUUCAUGGAAGGACCCCACAAUAAAGGAACAUCAUUGAUAGUAUGAGCUCAUAGAUUUAGGCCUGUCAAAAUAUAAAAUUAUGCAGUGUCUUUUAAUAUGUGCCUAUUUAAAAAAAUUGUUACAAAAUAAAGAUAUUAAUUUAUGAAUUCUGUGUAGAGUGUUAGCACUCAUUCAUUAUUUAUUGGCCAAGUGUGAUUGGACAUACAAGGAAUUUGUUUCUGGUGCAUAAGUUCUCAUUGUACAUACAAGC